AAGGACAUCCAAGAAGAGUAUAAUAGUAUAAUAGUACUCCGUAUAUAGCUAGGAGAGGAAUAAAUAUUUUGGAAGGUAGAUUGGUGAAACUAACUAUUUAAAGGAACACAAACCUUAUUAAACCCUAAACUAUCUACAGGAAGGAACAAACGCACGAUUAAUUGGCAGAAUUGCAUGGAUAUGGCUACGGAACCAAGUAAAGACGAAUCUCUUGGCACACCUCCAAAGAAUCAAACUGGGCCAAAAGUGUCAGAUCAACUUGCGUGGCUGCUUGUGUAUGGAAGCUCAAUGUUGGUGACUGCUUUUGUCUGUUGUUAUGAACCUGAUGAGAGGAAAUUUGACCCUAUCAUACCAUUGUUCGUAGAGGCCUUAGAACCCAUCAAGUGUCUCCUCGCAAUGUAUUUGGCCACUGGCCCACCAAAAGAAUACAAAUGGAUGGGAAGGAAAAUGAGAUGCGCGACUGAUAUUCUCCCCGUGGGCUUUGCCAUGGCUCUGGGCUAUAUUUAUCCGCAUCACAUGGAAUGCGUCUUCAUUUUGACCUGUUGGACCGUGCAAUGCUACAUAUUUGGUAUAUGGUGGGGUGUAUAUAACAUCAUCAGUGCUUGGAAUAUCUUAGUGACAAUGCCUGUGCAACUUUUCUCCUACUGGUUCGUGGCCACCAAGAUUGCCAACACAGAUCAUCCACUUGUGUUCUCUGCAAUGGCACUUGGAUUAUGGGCCGCUAUUUCUAUUUAUCGUACUUGUUGCUCUUCUCCUCGCCGUGUUCCUCUAAUUUGUGAAGAAUAUGCCGUGUUACCUGAUCAUUGACUCCUCAGCUUUUAUUAUAUUUCUCUGGUCUCAAAAUAGAGUUUUUGUUUGCAUUUCUUUUUUAAGUUUGAAGGUGAAGACAGUUGAAGAGAAUGAAGGAAGUGUGAUUGUUGAUAUUAUAUACAUAUAUGAUAUAUGGAGUCAGUGGACUAGCAGUGAUUGAUAAUUUGAAAACUUGAAAUUAAAAAUAAAAAAAUCAAUAAAUCACCGAUGUCCGAUGGUAAUGCAAUCCUCAUCUGAAGUCGGCUGGAGUGCGGGACUUAAUACAUCCAAAAUACAUAUCGAAAACAAAGGUGUCGGCGGGAGUGGUUUCUGCUUCGCGUUGGCCGGCAUCGCUGCACCACCGGCGUUAAAUUAACAAGACGAUGGAUGAUAGAAUUGGGGUGACGGCUAGGGUUCAAGACUUAGUGUCGGAACCACCUCCAUCAUCCUCGAACUCUCCUUUCUCUCACUCCCUGGGCAUUUUCGGAUAAAAUAUUAGCUCUUCCCCUUCUGAUUUCAUGCUCUCUUGCGUCAAGAAGAAAGAGAAGAGAAUGAAUGGAUAACAAAUGAAUGGCUUAGGUAAGGCCAGAGGGUGAGAUUUC